GUUUGUAAACCCUGUAAACUGCAAGGCGCACCGGCGACCGAUGAUAGACAGAUAUGGUCCAAAGUGAUUACCUGCCAACCGAAGAGCCCCAGACUCACGAUGCUGUUGUUGAAGCAAAGAAGCGUGAUAUGGCCGCCAGAUUUGGCGGCUCUUACCUUGCACCCGGGAAAAUUUAUCGUGACUCAAGUGAUAUCUCAUCCAAGGACAAAAUGAUACAAAAAAUUUUGGAUGAUGCAGAAAAAGAAGAUCACAAAAAAAUCACUGAGGCUAUGAUGAAGGGUGCUGUAGACAUGCGAUCUAUGUCGCAGGGAGACAGAAUUCUUACUUCUAUGAAGCUCAACCCUCUUGUUCCUUUAGGAUUGGCUGGAAGCAUCAUCACAAUGUUGGUAGGAGUGAGAGCAGCAUCAAAAGGACAAGUUGAAAAGAGUUAUCGAUUGAUGAAUGUCAGGUUUGGAUUUGGAUUAAUGACAGCUGUAGCUUUGUUUGGUUGGCUACGUGUGCAGAAACUUGUAUACCAGGAUCGAUUACGUAUUGUCAAACAAGAGUUAUUAAAGGAACUGGGCGAAGAUGAAGAUUCUUUAAAUUUAUAAUUCAGUGAGUGAUGAGAUUUAUAUUGGAAGAUGUUUGAACUGUUAACAUACAAACUUUAGGGGAAAACUCUCACAACUGUGGAAGUUUUCACCAAAAUUUUGUGGUUAUUCUCCGGGUACAAUGUAUAGACAGAGCAGAAUAUAUGCUGUGUCUAAAUGUACAGGCACAGAAAAUUUAUGUGUCAAAGUCAUUUCAUAUAUAUAAAACGAAUAAAUUUCAUGUGAAGACCAUCAAUAAAAAAUUGCCCUUAAUUUCAAGCACAGUGUAUUUGAGAAAAUGUAUGUUUGUAGUUGAUGUGUACAAUAGAGGAACGAUAAUUUUAUUUAAAUGUUGACAAGAAUUGUAAGAAUUAAAAUGUUUUGUUUUGUA